CAGCAUCACAAGCGAGCACUUGACGCUGAGGCCACAACAAUCACGUGUGCUCAGCCUCAGCAACCUUCGUCGGUGCACAGUCAUCUGGAGGACAAACCCUUCAUGCAAACUGCACUACUAUCAAAAAGAAGAGAAGAAGAUCCUUCGUCACCCCUAAAUCAACAACAACAACCUUCACGACAGCUGCACGUACUAUAAAGAAGUAGAGGUCGUUGUAAUAGUAGCAGUGAAUAAGAGGUUCUUAAAGAAAUAUUGUAUCGUGGUUGAAGAAAAAUGGUUCAUAUUGUAUUUGAUGAUGGAAAACAAGAUGCUGCAUCAACUGAAAAACAAAAGCUUACAGGGCAUGUUAACACGAAGAGAAAAACAAAAUUUUCAAGGAAAUGGUCACAGCCUAAAAGAUGUUCAAAGAAGACCAAAACAGGAGAGCAAAAAAAGAGGACAUAUUCAUUUGAGUACAAUGAAAAUGAGCUGAUGACUCGAUAUGAUGGCUUCUGGAUCAUGCGGAAAGCAGUGGAAAAAUUAAACCAGAUGAAGGCACAAUUAGAGGAGCAGCAGCUGGAACCUAAAGUGAUGAAAACCAAACUAAUGGCAGCCAAGAGAGCAGCACACAAAGAUUUACGAGUAACACUAAUAAAGAGUCAGAAUGAUAAAAAUCAGGAACGAAAACAUAAAGUGAAUACAGGUGGGUUAGUAUUGAGUGAAAACAGUGCUAAGUGUCUCGACAUAAAAAGUCGUAAAAAAAGGAAAGAAAUGGUUUCUGAAAUUUCUGAGUUCAGUGAUUUAACGAUGAUUAACGUAAGUGGUGAGGAAAAGAUAGGCAAAGCUAGAAAGAAGCAGAACACAAAGACCUCUAAAAACAAUAACCAACGCUUAAACAUGAAAAGUCAUAAAGGAAGGAAGGAAGCAGCGCCUGACAGUGGUGAGGCAAGUGAUCUAGCCACAAAUGUAAGUAGUGAGGAAAUUAUAGGUAUAUCUGGAAGGAAGCCAAAAAGAAAGAGCUCUGAAAAUAAUAGCCAGUGUCCUAACAUAAAAAGAUGUAAGAAAUGGAAGGACACUACUCUUGAAAAUGAUAAGGCCAGCCAUAUAUCCACUUUUAAUGAAAUUGGUCAGGAAAAGAUAGAUAAAAAUAGGAAGAAGCAGAAAAGGAAGUCGGAAACAGAAUCUCCAGAAAAUGAUGGUGAUAAAGAAAAGAUAUCACAGGAAGAUGGGAUCUCUGAAUUUUUAGCAGAACCCAGAAAUGCUGUUGAAAACAACCUUCUCAAAAUGAAGAGUAAAAAAGAAAUGAAGCGAAUGUCUUGUUUAAAUGAUGAAUUUCUGGAAAUGGGUGGUGUUACGCUGCCUUAUGAUCACACAUCUGCAAAACAAAUUAAAGAUAAAAAAUUACAGCAAAAAACUAUGCAGAAAAAGAAUAUUAAAUGUACUUGUGUAUCUCAAAAUAACACAGCUGUACUCCUUAAGUUUGAGGAAAAUGAUUUUAUGACACAAUUUGAAGGUUCCUGGGUAAAAAGAACAGCUGUAUCAGAACUAAACCUUUUGAGGAAGGAACAGUUGCAAUGUAUCUAUUCAGAGAGAAAAAAUGAGACCAAAGAUGCAUUGACCAAAGAGGAACAACAGAGUUAUCAGCGAAGAAUGAAAAGAAAGAUCCGAACUGAAUAUAGAAGGUUAAAAAGAGAACUAAUCAAUCGGGAAAGAAAGGAAAGCUUUGGUAAGCCCGUUGGUGAAAUUGAGGAAUGCCAACUUGGAGAGUUUUGUACUAAAUGCAAUAAAGAAAUUUAAAAUAAAA